AUCCAAUAAAAUACUCUUAUUUUCGGCAUGUAACACAAGUUGCGCUCAUUACUACUAGGCUACUCCGUUGGUCCAGACCAUGUCUCUCAACCAACACCGCCAAGACUUGCAUCGCCCGAGGCAUAUUGGAGGAUGGUUUCGCUUUAAAUGGAUUAUUCCCAUCCUUUGAUCCUUUGGUUCAAUCCUGGAGUCAAUAUCACAUCGCGCUACCAGUUGCGUCUCCGCUCAGAGCAUGGAUUUGUACGAGCGACCAUUGUUGGGCCGCGACACCCACCGAUACCAAGGCGCACUUCAAAAUCCUGGCCCUGGCUCAGCCUCGAUUGAAAGCCUCCCCGGCAGUACGCUUUAUUCGAGAUCCGUGGCGGAGGGCCAUCAUCCCGAAACAGAGACAACCCGCGACAUUGACUCUUCAAUCCAGACCGACCUGGGAUCAGAACAUGCUGCGCCGCAGGACAGCACAUAUCCAUCACUCCUGAAGUCCACAGCAACUUCAACGGGGGAGAACAUUUCCGAAAAACAAUCGCAAAGUCCACCAUGGCAUCCAUUUUGGCUGCGGCAGGUCAUGCUCGGCAGCUUUUGUGGAUUAUUCAUGUGCUGCACCAUAGCACUCCCCGUCAUGCUGUCUUUCUCGAAGCGCAACAACGGCCUUCUAGAAUCUGGGCCAAAUUAUGCGUACGUGUGGAGGUUUAGCCCGACUGCCAUCAUCACCAUCAUCGAGAUAAUCUGGGCCCGAGUCGAGUUCCAAACUCUGAGAUAUAUGCCCUGGAUGGCAAUAAAGUCUGGAAAGCCCCUAGGUCCAGCUGGGUACAGCCUGGACUACACCCAGAUGUUGUCUCCGAUGAUCUUGAUUCAAUCUUUUCGACGAAAACACUUCUUCGUUUUCCUUGUGGCUACCGCAUCGAUAAUACUGAAAGUCCAAGUCGUUCUCUCGCCCAGUCUUUACCAGAUACAAAGCACUCGGAGUUCACAUCCCGUUGAAGUUGACGUGCUGGACUUGUUUGCAGUGACUGAUGACUUCAGCAACGUCACCGGUACUGCUCCCUAUUAUAACGCCCGGGCCCUUGACAACUUUGAUAUGAUGUUCCCCUUCGGCGUCACAAAAGAAGGCGCGUACCAAACUUUCAGGCUGGUAAAUCAAGGUACUGCAACUCGUGGCGCUACCGACGCACCUUUAACGGUCACCGUGGACGGAGUUUUCACGGACAUGAAAUGCCUAGAAUUAGAAAGCCACUCAGUUUCCAGGCUAGCACGCGUUGGCAGCACAUAUCACAAUUUUGCGAUCGAUCUCCAAUUCGAAAACUGCGAGCAAUCAGUCACUAUACAAAAUAACAUCGAGUGGGUAUCCCCGAACGAAGACACCGUCCAGACCUACUGGGCAGUUGAUACCCAGCUUGAACCGACAUACCCUUGUUCUUCAUUACCUCGACAGAACACAAACUUCCUUUAUUUUGCGGGAUACUACACACCGUCAGCGCAGAACGUGUCUCUACCACAGCUAAAGACUUGCGCCGCUGUGAUCUGCUCGCCGACUGCAUACACCUCGAAAGUAAAGAUUGUCGACGACGGCAUUAGUCCGAAAGUGACGUUAUUGUCAAACCAACAGAAGACGACGAUCGACUCAAACCCUUGGGUCAUGCUACAAAAUUCGGUCCCCGACAUACUUGGAAGAAUAGGCGUCUCCACAGCAAACAUCGUCAAGGGGCCAGUUGCAACAGCUUUCGGGUUCCGGGGUAAAACCCCAAAUGCGACUGAUAUCUCACUGUAUCAAAACGAGAUGCUGACCCAAGCCAUCAUGAACCUAACGGAGCAAAUCGGCCCUAUGGUUUCUCAUUACCAACUCCGACAACCAGAAAAGCGUCAGAUUUCUGGGUCGAUUAUUGUGGAAACAUACAGACUGAAAGUGAACGAAUUUGUCUGCCUUUGGAUGACGGGACUGUUCGCUGUCACUAUGUGUAUUGCUUUCUGGGCAAUAUUUCAAUCCAGAAAAGUGUCUCACAUUUGGCAUCGGGACCCGGCUACAAUACUCGGAACUAUGAUAUUCUUUCAAAGCAAGACCAGCCUCAGCACCGACAUUGUCAAGUGUGUAUCGGGGGAAAGGGCAAGUAGGAAGGCCGAGUGGGAGCACUCUACCCAUUCCCCACUCGUCCUUCGGGCUUGGGCUCGUGCAAUAUUCACCAUAUUUGUACUAGGCCUCAUCGAUGGGCUCGUCGUCACACUCAAUAUCUCAAAGAAGUCGGACGGCUUGGUGACAAUCGGUGAAGAAGGCUUCAUGCCUCUUUUAUGGAAGUCACUCCCAACCCUGGCCAUGCUUCUGGUCUCGUUGUACAUCAGUCUGACUGAUGUAACAAUGCGAGACCUGGCCACACUGUCCAACCUUUCUAUCAGACCUUGCGACUCGUUGGAGCUGGACAUGUCGCUUUUGGACAUGCUUGGGUUCCGAGCCUUGUAUCACUCGCUUCGGCUGAAAGCUUACGCCGUCACUAUUUCGCAGAUCCUUGCUACUGUUUGCGCCUUCUUGACAACUAUAGCGGCAGUUCUUCUCACCACCCAGAUUGCUCCGAAAUCCACAAGCACACAAUUCCAGCAGGAAAGCUGGUUCGGUUCUCGACAACCACCGGCGAUUUCGGCAUACAUAAAUGAAUACAGCGCCACUAGAGAGGACCUAGGCAGCCUACUUCUAGCGCGAAAGCUGUCCAACUUCACAUAUCCACGGAAUACAUACGCUGAUCUCGUUUUUCCUACUCUUGGGAUAAACGAUACCAAUUGGAAUGCCAAUACAUCAGCUCAAGUCCGGACUCCGGCUGCAAAAUUGCUUCCUAGUUGCGUUCAACUUUCUGAAGACGAUGCUAAGGUGUCAGUCCACAGCAGCCAGUUCACAGAAAAGUUCUAUGCAGACAUCACCCAAAAAUUCACAUGCCCCAAUGGCUCUGCAGCUUAUCUUGUCAACUUUCUAGACCUAAGGGCAGCAAUUGAAAAGCCUGGACUGUCGUUCACUGGGGAGAUUGUCCCAUCUCCGGGCAAUCUGUUUGCAAUCGCCGGUGCCAGCGCCUGUGACCUCGACCUUGACGACAAUAUUCUGAUAACAACCCCCUGGAGAGUUCAAACGUACGUUUGGGGAAAGUUUGUGGCUUCAAAGAUGGAAUUUGAUCAUCUUUCCAUCUGGCGGUGCAACUACUCCUGGGCUGAGGUUACGACCGACGUGAGGUUGAUUUGGUCAAACAAUACUAUUCUACUCGACCACCAGAAUCCUCCUACUCAAAACAACUCAACUGUAAGGCCAUGGAGCCCGGCAUUUGGGUUUCCACAGCUUGGCGGUGGGGGCGACGGGCUGGGCGUCAGUGACGUCUUUCCGGAUGUUGAGCUCACAGAUCCUCGAGCGAGCUCCUUCUCUACCCAAUUCAUCUCAAUUGCAGAACCCUUUGGUCCAAUACCGGUUGAAAGCUUUGGUAAACCAGACCAAGAUGACGAGAUCCUGGAAGCACUUCACUCCAACCUUGGGUUUGUUAGUGCCCAGCUUGCAAAUCUUGAGUAUCGCUUGGGCAUUGAUGAGAAGUCGAUAGCAGUCCCGGCCCAUCAUGGAGACCUUCCACUGAUUAACGCGACGAUAAUAGACAGUGGAAGACGCCGAUUGGUUCAAAAUCCAACAGUAACUUUUAUUUUAAUUGGGAUUUUGUCGUUAGUUGUUGCAGUCAACUUGUGGGCUUUGGGCCUGAUAGGUCUACGGCGCAUACUGAGCGAUAGAGGUAACUGGCUGCUGGAUAUGGACUUGAAGGGCCUGGCGCCUAAGGGGUUCAGCAGCAUUGCUAUGAUGGAGUCUUUGAUCCAUGGUUCAAACUUUCUCAAGGACACACCGGAAGAUGUUUGCCAAAUGUCUUUGAAUGAUCUUCAUCAGUGGUUAGCUGGGACAAUCUUUCGGAUUGGGUGGUUUCAAAGAGAUGGGACUAGAGAGGAAGAAUUCACUAUUGGAGCAUUAGAAGAUGAGAGUUUUCCAUUCUUAGGAGACAAGGGGGAUGUAAAGAAAAUACGGGAAAGUGUAGAAGGAACAGAACUCCGUACUGUCACAGGCAACUUCAUCUAGAUGGCGCCAUUAGCCAAAUAUAGAAUCUCAUAAUUCAAGAAGCAUCGGACU